AUGCUUCAGUUCUCUGGGUCAUAUCUCAAUGUUGGAAGCAGUAUCAGUAAAAUUCAAUGUCAAUUUGAAAUGUAUGGCGAGGCUUUUGAUUGGUUAUCUAUUUUAUGGGAACGGGGCCUUCAUCAUGACAAUCCUCAGGUGAGAUGCCUGAUCAUGCAGUCUUUUCUUGACAUCAAUUGGGAGAGUUAUGGGAACUACAUAAAAUCAGUGCCUGAAACUUUUGUUCUUGGCCCAUUUAUGCAAGGGCUAAAUGACCCAAUACACCACAAAGAGUUUGGUAUAAAAGGAGUUUAUAUGUCAACAGUGAUUGGAGGUGCUGCACAGUUUCUACGCUAUUAUGUUAGUUUUCUAGCUCCAAGAUUCCCACUAAAGGAGCACAGAAUCAAAGCAGCUUAUUAUUAUCCUCUUUACACCCAAAACCUUCACCCAAUUAGCAAAGAGACUUCCAGAUUAGGUGGAUAUAUCCUGCAAUCUCAAGAACAACUCGAACAUUGUACCCGAACCUCAUCAGAGACUGAGAAAGGCAUUGUAUUUUUGUGCAAUUUAGCAUCUACUGCUAAACAUCAAUCUUUUGGACGAGCUGGACUUAUGGGCCUAGCUAACUGCAUUGCUUCAGCAGCUUCUGGCAUUGGAAUAGUUAAUCAUUUCAGGACAGAAUCAUUUAAAGGAUAUUUUCCUGUGGAAUAUGUUUCUGAAAUGGAAAAUCAACCUGAUAAAAAAGAAUUACUAGAUAUCUUUAGAUAUGUUGUUGAGAGCAGCAAACAACAUUUCAAUCCCAGUUACCGUCUUCAAGUUGCAUGUGACAUGUCACCGGAAACCUCAUUGGAAAUGCAACCAGAAUAG